CUAUUGGCUGAGCGCAUUGAUCUCGAGGCCCACGCGCACAUCACACACCACACCGGAGCGGCUCGGUAAUAUCUCCUGAAGCGUUAAGGACGCAGGAAGUGUUUGAAAAAGACACACAGGGGCCAAAAUGGACGUUUUCAUGAAGGGGCUUUCUAAAGCUAAAGAAGGCAUGGCGGUGGCCGCGGAAAAAACCAAGGAAGGCGUGGCGGUGGCCGCGGAGAAGACCAAGGAAGGCGUCAUGUUCAUGGGCACCAAGACCAAAGACAGCGUAGCCACGGUGGCUGAGAAGACGAAGGAGCAGGCGUCUCAUUUCGGGGGCGCCGUCAUGUCCGGAGCCGGGAACAUCGCCGCUGCCACCGGCCUCAUGAAGAAAGACGAGUUUCCCUCCGACGUGAACACCGAGGAGUUUGGUCAGGAGGCCACUGAGGAGCAGAUGGGAGAAGCAAUGGUGGAUCCAGAGGGAGAAGCGUACGAUGAGAAUCAGCAGGAGCAGAACCAGGACUACGAACCCGAAGCAUAAAGCACCCGCUCCAACUUCAGCGUUAACCAGCAGCACAAUAAUGUUUCUAUCAAUAAGAAGGACAAAUGCUGAACUCAUUCCAAUAAACAAAACAGAACAAAACAACAAAAAAAUAUAUAUAUACAGUUAUUCCUGCCGAAACAUGUUCUUCCUAUCAGAUCUCUCUAUAAAUAUAUAAAUAUAAAUAAAUAUAAAUAUACUUUUAUUAUGAUCUAUUGUAAAUGUCCUGUAGUGUGGUGAGUAUAGUUUUCUUUAUUAUUAAUGACUGCAGGGCGGAGCCCCGUCGCGUUUCUUUGAUUCCCUCCCAAUGAAACGCGACCCACUCGCCCUUUGUGGCUCUUUGUGCCUGAGUACAUGUGUUUCUAUUCGUGUAAUAGAUGUUUCUGAUCUUCCAAUGCCAUAUUGGGGGUGAACAAAUAUAUAUAUAUAUAUAUAUAUAUAUAUAUAUAUAUAUAUAUAUAUAUAUAUUCUGGUAUACAUAUAAAUAUAUAUAUUAUGUAGAGCUGUGUAUGAUGCCUGUAUGUGGGUAUUUAUUUUCUUUUUCAUUUAAUAUCAAAAGCAAGUUGUUAUUUUAACGUUUUUCAAGUAAGAGUUUUAUACAUUGUAACUUUAUAGUUGCUUGUGAUAUCAUUCCAGUGAACUCUCUUGUCGGAAACAAUGGGCAGUUUGUAUCUGUUUGUGUGUUCGUGAGCGUGCGUUUGUGUACCGAAGAUUUUAAAGUCAGUGUAAAAGUGUCUUGAAACGUUUAUGGAUGUCGGAAUAGUGCUUGACAAUGCUGGAAAUGUCGAUAUACGGGUUUCUUUGUCACACAAGACAAGCAAAUCCUCUGUAAAUAAAUAAAUAAAUAAAUAAAUAAAUAAAAUCAU